GCUAGCGUCAAGUUCGAUCCCACGGAUCAGGAGCUGAUCGAGCACCUUGAGGCCAAAGUGAGUGCUGACAGUGCAAGAUCUCACCCUCUCAUCGAUUUGUUUAUACCAACCAUCGACAGCGAGCACGGCAUAUGCUACGCCCAUCCUGAGAAACUUCCAUGUAUCACACUGAGCGGCCUAAGCAAGCAUUUCUUCCAGCGCAAUUCCAGGGCGUUCAAAAGGGGAACGUGGAUGCGUCGCAAGAUACAGUCGGAGUGUGGCAUGCACGCGAUGUGGCACAACACCGGCAAUACCUUGCCGGUGAUGGUCAACGGCCGGCAGACGGGCAGCAAAAAGGUUCUGGUGCUGCACACCAACAAGAACUUCGACCAGCAGAGGACCAACUGGGUGAUGCACCAGUACCACCUCGGGGACCUGGAGCAAGAGAAGAAGCGGGAGCUGGUCCUCUGCAAGAUUGCUGCCACUGCUGAGCUGAAGUCUCAACUAAACGAUGCAAAGACCCGGCUGGUGACUCAAGAAACCGAGACUCAGAAAGCUGAGUCAAAGUUCCAGUUUUGCAUGGCUGAGUCAGAAAAGCUGAAGGCCAGUUUUGAAGCAGAGAAAAAGACUUGGGCCGAAGAAAAGACUGCUUUAACACAGCGGGCUAAGAAAGCAGAGGCAGCUCUUCAAGAGGUGACCACUGAGCUCAGCGGUUUAAAACACCGUGUAUCUCAGAUGGUUUCUGCUAUCUUUGGUGAGUCGCCUUGCUAA